UUGCCGAGCGCACGGCACGGACGCCGGCAGACUAACUUUCUACUUAAGAAAAUAAAUAUCGAAUAUCGCGCAGCAAAUAUCGAAUGUAGUUUUUAUAAUAAACAAUAUUUGAGUGGAUUGAAUCAAUCAACAAUCAGCGUAAAUAAAGACGUGUAGCGGCAGUCGCAUGGAUUAUUACAGACAGGAACUCGAUCGACAGCUCAACCUAGAAUAUUCGUCAAGUUCGUGGUCAGAAGUGAUAAGGCCCACUCCAUUGUACGACGAGUAGGGUCGUGAUCUAUUCCGAUUUUGAGGGGCUGCGUGAGAAGACCGAGUAGGCUGUGAGAACAAGUGACAGUCACUGGUGGUGGAUUAAGUAGUGGAAAGUUGUGUGAGGUCGCGAGUGAAUCGCUCAUGAUGACGCUAGGCGGGUUAGAUGAAACCGGGAACAAUAAUGUGGUGCCCCUACUACCCAGGAAUACAGUGCAGUUGGAGUUCAAAAACAUCACGUGCUCCUUCGCGACGUUCUCCAUAAACAAACUGCGAUUCGAACGAAGAGAUAUCCUUAAAGGUGUCGAUGGCUGUUUCAAACCUGGUGAACUGACAGCUAUAAUGGGUCCCUCAGGCGCGGGUAAAACCACGCUGCUCAACAUUUUAGCCGGUUACUUAACACGUGGCGCCAAGGGGGAGAUCGCCGUUAACGGCGUGUGCACAUGUGCCUCUAAGUCGGCGGGGCGUGGGGGAGCGCGGUACAUACGACAGCAGGACGACCUGCGCGCGCAUCUCACCGUAUACGAGGCGAUGAGUCUCGCAGCUGCACUCAAACUGGCCGACUUCACGGCACACGAGCGCAAAGAGAAAGUUUUCGAGAUCCUAGCACUGUUAGGACUGAGCGGUGCAUCACAGACACUGUGUCGGGAUCUAUCAGGAGGGCAAAAGCGAAGGCUGGCUGUGGCGCUGGAGUUACUCUCCGAUCCGUCUCUUUUAUUCCUCGAUGAACCAACAACGGGCUUAGAUUCAUCAGCAUCUGCCUCUUUGAUCGCUCUGCUGAACAACUUGGCGCGCGGCGGAAGAACCCUGGUCGCUACUAUCCACCAGCCUUCAGCGUUACUUUUCGAGAAGAUCGAUUCCGUCUACUGCUUAUCUGAAGGCAGGAAUCUGUACAAAGGUCCUAGAAGACAUCUCCUACCGGCGUUGUCCAGUGCAGGAUUACGAUGUCCCCCGUACCACAACCCCGCGGAUUUCUUGAUGGAGGUGGCGUCGGGAGAGUAUGAUGUGGAUCUGAUUCAGGCAGCUAAGACGAUGAGGCAUUUCAAACCUGAAAUAACAGCCAAUAGCAGUUGGGAAGCGCACGUACCGAUAAUACCAGCGCUACCAAGUCCUAUGGAUAUAUCCAACGAAUUCAAAUCUAAGAACCUCUUAGGAAAUACUAAACACCAACAAAGUCAUUCCAAAACAAUGUACAGACAAUCCGGCUUACUCCAACAAACGUGGUUUCUGCUUUACAGGAACUAUUUGAUGACGACAAGAAAUUAUUCUCUAUUUAUGUACCGGGUAGCAGCUCAUGUGGUGAUAGCUUUGAUCUUUGGGUAUUUAUACUCAGGGGUGGGAAGCGAAGCCAGCACGGUCCUUGGCAACUACGUUUACCUCUACGGGUCUAUGUUGCUUGUUGUCUACACUGGGAAAAUGUCCGUUACCUUAUCAUUUCCGCUAGAAAUGGAUAUACUUAAAGGAGAAUAUUUCAAUCGUUGGUAUAGAUUGGGGCCAUACAUUAUAUCAAUACUUGCAGUCGAAUUACCAUUCCAGAUGAUAUCAUGCGUGUCUUACGUGGUGCUCUCGUACUGGCUGACUGAUAAUCCCUUGGAGCCUACCAGAGCGACGCUGUUUUUGGCUACUAUUGUCGCCACGUCAUUGUGUGCCCAAGCUUGGGGAUACUUUAUUGGAUCAACUACUCCUACAAAGAUUGCUGUGUUCCUGGGUCCCGUGGUGGCUUGCUUGUUUUCCGUGUUUGGAUUCUGUCUGGCUCUCAAAGAUACUCCGUUGGCCUUCCGAUGGCUGCAUCACAUCUCGUACUUCAGGGCCGGUUUCCACGUGGCUGUUCAUUCGGUGUACGGAUUCAACAGGACAAAGAUACACUGCUCUAAGAUGUACUGUCAUUACAUCACGCCACAAAAGUUCCUAGUUGAAAUGGACAUGGCCGAAGUGGACGUCGGGGGCAACAUGGCUUUAGUUCUCUCCAUCACGGUGCUGAUGCAUCUUCUCACCUGCGCAGCGCUAUGGUACCGACUAAACAAAAGAUAAAAGAGACCAUGACGAACUUUAUUUUCUUCUAUCAGGUAGAUUUCCAAAAAGUAUUGGACACCUUUUUCUUUAUUCACAUAAUCAAAACAUUACACAGAUAUAUUAAUUUGAAUAGUCGCAUGCAUUACGUUUAUAGUGUUUACUUAGAAGUGACGUCAUGAACUCACUUUCUGAUUGAUUGACAAAGGAAAAAAAAUUUUGUCCAUAAUAUAUUUUAUUGGUAAUCCUACUGACGGACUAAAUAUAAUUUUGUUUACUAUAUCCCGUCAUCAUCCCUAUUCCGAUUUUACAAGUAUAUCUUAAAACAAGAACUUUCUUGUUCUGAGCAGUAUACUGAUGUUAGCACUUCACAUGGCUAUUCGUAUUUCCUAUUUGCGAUUUUAACAGCAGGUGGUAAGGACCAUCUAUCCAUAUCCAUAGUAAUAUCCAUCCACAUAUACUUAUAUUUUAAAUGCAAAGUGUGUCUUAGUAUCCCUCAAGCUCAAAUACUUUCGUAUUCAAUUCUUCGACAUUUGCUUUUAAAAUCACUGCUCUGUGUAAUAUCACAAUUGAUUUGUUGUACAUAUUUCUUUACAUUGUUUUUUUUUACCGAUGACUUCUCUCACCAAGACGUCAUCUAGUGCAGAUUUCCAGCCUUUUAAAGUGUCCUUUAGGUGUCUGUCUGUCUGUUACCUCUUUACGCGUAAAGCGCUGAACCGAUUGAGUUAGAAUUUGUAAUAGAGAUAGUUUGAAUCCCGGAAAAGAACAUAAGGAUAUUUUUUAUCUUAGAAUUAGUCCUUUGUGGGCUUCAAAUGACUAAUUCUAAGAAAGGGGGGGGGGGGGGGGUAGUAUUAGAAAGCAAUUUUUCCACGAAGGUAAAGUCGCGGGCAUCCACUAGUACUCUUUAGGAAAUGAAAAGAAAGAAGACACUGUUUUCAAGUUUACCAAUAGCAAACACGAAUAGCCAUAUGCGGUGCUUGCAUAGAACAGAGGCUGAAAGAUGGAGACUGAUUUACUUAAACCUAACCAAUAAUAUCUAAAAUUAUUAGCAAAAUUUAGAUAACAUUGACAAUUUAUAAACAUUAAUUGACGCACCUUGAGUAUCUUAACUCAAAUGUACAGAUCUCGAUAUCUUUCAGAAUACAAUACUUCAGCCUAGAAGUAUAUGCAUCUGAAAUAGAAUUUAAGCUAUGGUUAUAUAGCAUGUAUGGUUUUUAUUCAUAAUCCAAUAAAAUGUGUAUAACUUUUCUGAAUGUAAAUACAUCUUUCAUAUGAUUUAUCUAAUGCUUUAGGCCUCAUGUUACUUAACAUCGUCAAACAUUGGAAACUUCAAAAAUUUUGAAAACAUUUGAAUGCCUGUGGCCACAUAAUUCCAUAAAAUUAAAAUAAGUUAAACUUUUAAAUGUUCGAAAUAUAAGAACUGUUCUUAUAAAAAUGAGCAAAUUUUAGUACAUUUUAUUGAUUUGAAAAAAAAAUAUUAUAUAAAUAUUUAAAUUCCGCUCAUCACCUGUCUUAUCUAAUCACGUUCAAAACACUUUCGUUAUUAUGAGCCUAAGGCUGCCUGUCCACUGAAGCUAAUCGACGCUGCAGAGCGGAGAAUCGGGGAAAUAAUAACCAAUAGGAUUGCACGAAAUCUCCGCUCCUUUUUAGUAGACAGGUUUUGUGCAAUCCUAUUGGUAAUAUUUCUCCGUUUCUUCGCUCCGCAGCCUCGCUCCGCUCCAGUGAACAGGCAGCCUAAUUGGUUUUUUUUAACAAUAGUUUAAAUUCAUAUAUAUUAAACAUUACAUUUUGAUGCAAGCAUGGAAAGCUUGACAUUUCUUAUGAAUGGACGAGUAUCAAAUGACACGAAUAAGGUUUAGUAUUAAUUUGUGGUUCUAAAUGUAGAUCUAGAUUUUUGAACUCAUAAUGUGUCAGUUAACACGCUAGGCACUACUGGGAACAAAACUUUAUAUGCAAGUACUUAUGUCAAACCUAAUACAUAGAAAAAACUCCAGUUUUAUUAUAAGUAAUUUUAAAUUGUACCGGAAUGUUAAUUAGUGAAUUGAUCAUAAUGAUAAAAAAAUUAGAUUAUUAGGUAGCCAAAUAGAACACAAGACGUGCCUUUUGGAAUGGUUUAAUAUUUAAGGUCGUGGUAAAGUUUGUGGUGUGGUUGAUUGUUAUUUAAUGUAAAUAAAAUUUGCUCCUAGUUAUGUAUUAGUAUUUAUCAACUUAGUUAAUAAGAAAAGUGAUAAUUGUACUUAAAUGGAUAGUGUAGGUAGGAGAUUAUUAAUGCUUUGUGAUUUUAUUUUUUUAUUUAUCAGCUCGAAUGUAUCUGCUCCUACCAUAAAUUAAAGACUUUAUAGAGUUAUUUUUUUGCGUAAUAAUGUGUGACCAUGAUCAUCGUAAAUUUUCAGUGAAAUUUCAUUUUCAGAUUUUUUAUCUUCAGCCUACUUUGUUAUUCCUCGAAUUUAUUACCUAUUGAACUUAUUAUAUUUAUACAUAUUUUUUGAGCUAGGCUUUUGGGUAGAUUAAAUUACUUGCACGUAAAUAAUUAUUUUUAAAACGGCGUCUUCUUGUUCAUUUAUGUAUAAUAGUACCUCUCAAAUGCCACAUAAAAGUGAAUUAAAUUAACAAAAUUAUUACAGUGUGAUUGAAUUUAAAAUCACAUUAUACAGAAAAGAAUGUGCAAUUACCAAUUCUACGAGGCAAACAUUUCAUUAGAUUAAGUAAUUUAUACUUUAAUUU